AUGAGAAACAGCCUAGAUGUAAUAUUUCUAGCUCAUCAGACCGGGACAUCUUUGUCUGCCUCUGGAGGCAAAUGCUUGCUCAGUAGCUGUGUGGGGAGGCGGCGGCAGCAGUGCCAGCCCCGCUUGUGCGGCUGCCGCAACGUAGCUCUUUGUGCUGCUUGUGUUAAAGGCACUUCCAACGAGGUGGCACAGUUCCUGUCCAAAGAAAACCAAGUGAUCGUCAGGAUGCGAGGGCUGCCCUUCAACGUAACGACAGAAGAAGUGCUGUCCUUCUUCGGGCAGCACUGCCCCGUGACGGGUGGCAAGGAGGGCGUCCUGUUUGUCACCUACCCUGACGGCAGGCCCACGGGGGACGCCUUCGUGCUCUUUGCUUGCGAGGAGUAUGCGCAGAAUGCCCUGAAAAAGCACAAGGACCUGCUGGGGAAGAGGUACAUUGAGCUCUUCAGGAGCACUGCAGCAGAAGUUCGGCAGGUGCUGAACAGAUACUCCUCCACGCCGCUCAUCCCUCUCCCCACGCCGCCCAUCCUCCCAGUGCUACCUCAGCAGUAUGUGCCUCCCACCAGUGUCAGAGACUGCAUACGCCUGCGUGGCCUUCCCUACGCUGCCACUAUUGAGGACAUUUUGGAGUUCCUGGGCGAGUUUUCGACAGAUAUCCGGACCCACGGAGUUCACAUGGUGCUAAAUCACCAGGGACGUCCAUCGGGAGAUGCUUUUAUUCAGAUGAAAUCUGCAGACCGAGCUUUUCUGGCUGCGCAGAAGUGUCACAAGAAGACUAUGAAGGACAGAUAUGUUGAAGUCUUUCAGUGUUCUGCUGAGGAGAUGAACUUUGUAUUAAUGGGGGGCACUUUAAAUCGAAAUGGCUUGUCCCCACCACCAUGCCUCUCGCCCCCUUCCUACUCCUUUCCCGCUCCUGCUGCGGUUGUGCCCACGGAAGCUGCCCUGUACCAGCCGUCCGUGCUCCUGAGCCCGCGAACGCUGCAGCCCUCCACAGCCUACUACCCUGCUGGGACCCAGCUCUUCAUGAACUACACAGCCUACUACCCCAGUAUGCAGCAGAGGAUGGACUUGUACACACAAGUGAUGCGGCCAGCGCAGUGUCCAAAGAAUGGAUUUGCAUUUAAAGGUCCCAGCAGUUAG